AAAAUCCUCACCCGCCUUUCUGUUUUCUACUGAAGUUUAUCUCAGAAAGCCUUCGCUCCAGUUCCAAACUUACAAACACAGGUUUUCUAACACAAUUCUCCACAAAGGAUAAUACCUUUUAUUAAUGGCCGAUCCAAGCUCUACCCAGCCCUCCUCUUCCUCCGACCCGAAAAGCGGUAAGAAAGAUUAUUCAACUGCAAUUUUGGAGCGAAAGAAGUCUCCCAACCGUCUUGUUGUUGACGAGGCCAUUAAUGAUGACAAUUCUGUGGUCCUUAUGCAUCCUGCUACCAUGGAAAUGCUUCAGUUUUUUCGAGGAGACACUGUGCUAAUUAAGGGAAAAAAGAGAAGAGACACAGUUUGUAUUGUUCUUGCUGAUGAACAAUGUGAAGAACCAAAAAUCAGAGUGAACAAAGUUGUCAGAGCUAAUCUUAGAGUACGCCUUGGAGAUGUGGUCUCUGUCCAUCAGUGUCCGGACGUGAAGUAUGGGAAGCGGGUUCACAUCCUUCCAAUUGAUGACACUAUUGAGGGUGUUACGGGCAAUUUGUUUGAUGCAUAUUUGAAACCAUAUUUCUUGGAAUCUUACCGGCCUGUGAGGAAGGGUGACCUUUUCCUGGUCAGGGGUGGUAUGCGCAGUGUUGAAUUUAAAGUGAUUGAGACAGACCCUGGUGAAUAUUGUGUUGUUGCGCCAGACACUGAAAUCUUCUGUGAAGGAGAGCCUAUCAAGCGUGAGGAUGAGGAGCGGUUGAAUGAAGUGGGUUAUGAUGAUGUUGGUGGUGUCAGGAAGCAAAUGGCUCAAAUUCGUGAACUUGUAGAACUUCCCCUUAGGCACCCACAGCUUUUCAAAUCAAUUGGUGUGAAGCCCCCAAAAGGUAUUUUAUUAUAUGGGCCUCCUGGGUCUGGAAAAACUCUGAUUGCAAGAGCUGUGGCAAACGAGACUGGUGCAUUCUUCUUUUUAAUUAAUGGCCCUGAGAUAAUGUCAAAGUUGGCUGGUGAGAGUGAGAGCAACUUAAGAAAGGCGUUUGAGGAAGCUGAAAAGAAUGCUCCAUCCAUAAUCUUUAUAGAUGAGAUUGAUUCUAUUGCUCCAAAGAGGGAGAAGACUCAGGGUGAGGUGGAGAGGCGUAUAGUAUCACAACUUUUGACUUUAAUGGAUGGCCUAAAGAGCCGGGCACAUGUGAUUGUUAUUGGAGCUACUAAUAGGCCCAACAGCAUUGACCCAGCCCUGAGGAGGUUUGGGAGAUUUGAUAGAGAGAUUGACAUUGGUGUGCCAGAUGAAGUUGGACGUUUGGAAAUCCUUAGAAUCCAUACUAAAAAUAUGAAACUUGCUGAAGAUGUUGAUCUUGAACGAGUUGCAAAAGAUACCCAUGGUUAUGUUGGUUCAGAUCUUGCUGCCCUCUGCACAGAGGCUGCUCUUCAGUGUAUUAGGGAGAAAAUGGAUGUUAUUGACUUGGAGGAUGAGACAAUUGACGCUGAGGUGUUAAAUUCAAUGGCUGUGACCAAUGAACACUUCCAGAUUGCAUUGGGAUCUUCAAAUCCGUCAGCCUUGCGAGAAACAGUUGUAGAGGUUCCUAAUGUUUCAUGGGAUGAUAUUGGUGGAUUGGAAAAUGUUAAAAGAGAGCUUCAAGAGACUGUCCAAUAUCCUGUGGAACAUCCUGAGAAGUUCGAGAAAUUUGGCAUGUCACCUUCUAAAGGUGUUCUCUUUUAUGGACCCCCUGGCUGUGGUAAAACCUUACUUGCAAAAGCAAUUGCUAAUGAAUGCCAGGCCAACUUCAUUAGUGUUAAAGGUCCUGAGCUGCUGACUAUGUGGUUUGGAGAGAGUGAAGCAAAUGUGCGGGAAAUAUUUGACAAAGCACGGCAGUCUGCUCCAUGUGUACUUUUCUUUGAUGAACUUGAUUCCAUUGCAACUCAGCGUGGCAGCUCUGUCGGUGAUGCUGGGGGUGCUGCAGAUAGAGUACUGAACCAACUUCUGACAGAAAUGGAUGGGAUGACAGCUAAGAAGACAGUUUUUAUCAUCGGGGCCACAAACAGACCUGAUAUCAUUGAUCCAGCAUUGCUGAGGCCUGGUCGUUUGGACCAAUUGAUUUAUAUCCCUCUACCUGAUGAAGCUUCCCGACUUCAGAUAUUUAAAGCAUGUUUGCGCAAGUCACCUGUCUGUAGGGAUGUUGACCUAGCGGCUCUUGCACGAUACACUCAUGGUUUCAGCGGUGCUGAUAUAACUGAAAUUUGCCAGCGUGCUUGCAAAUAUGCUAUUAGAGAAAAUAUUGAGAAGGAUAUUGAGAGGGAGAAAAGAAAGCAAGAGAACCCUGAGGCCAUGGAAGAAGAUGAUGUUGAUGAUGUCCCUGAGAUAAAGGCUGCUCAUUUUGAAGAAUCAAUGAAGUUUGCCCGCCGUAGUGUUAGCGAUGCAGACAUCAGGAAGUAUCAGCUCUUUGCGCAGACCCUACAGCAAUCUCGUGGAUUUGGGACUGAAUUUAGGUUUUCAGAUCGUACUGAGAAUGCUGCAGCUGGAGGGGCUUCAGAUCCAUUUGCAUCAGCAACCGCUGCUGGAGAUGAUGAUGAUCUGUAUAGCUAAACCGAAGGUUGAAGAGCUGGUGUUUGUUAUGUAACUUCUGGUGCUACACAACAAUAUAGACAAUAACAUAUCACAGAUGUCCUGCUGAAGAAUUUCACUUGUUUUGUUUUAUGAGUUUUGCCGGAUAUGUAAGAAUUUUACAACCACAGAAUGUUGAAUGGAUCUUUGAUCUUGGUAAUGAGGUGAAAGAAAAGGCCUUUGUUUUUA